AUGAUAAUAUCACAUGUAGAAAAAUUUCACACCACAGCAGCUGCUGUAACUUCUCAGAACCUUUCAGUUCAGACUACACCAACUGUCUACAAAGACUUAAUACCAAAUAAUAGAAUUGAUAUGCUAUUAGUUAACAAGGUUAAAGAGGUUACUUCUAAUGAGUUAUCCUCAGCUUUUGUUAAAAACAAACUUAAAGGCAAUAUUUCUUCUGAUGAAGAUAGCAGUCUCUAUAGUGAUAACAUUAUGAAAAAAAAGCAAAAAAGUCAAUUGCAUGCUCCUUUGGUACUCUAUGAAUCUGAUAAAG